ACAAAAAACCAAAAAACAGAAAACCACAACGAUGCCAAACGAAAGUACUUCAUCUUGAAUAAUGCUUGGAAGAGUUUAGAAUCAAUUAACCACAAAUAGAACUCAAUAACAUGUCAUUUUAUUUUAUUUUAUUUUAUUUUUUGAAACAAUUUCCAAAAAAAAUUAUUAGUUAAUUUCUCAAACAUAAUUUCCAAAAAUGACGGGAAGGGUAAAAAAAAAACAAUGGUAGCAAUGGGAUAGAAGGGUAAAGAAACUAAUUAAACCGUUAGUAAAAUCUCUCUCUAAUUAUUAAACAAUAUUUUAAUGAAUGGCCUAGAGAAAAUUUUGGUGAAAAAUAAGUUUUCAAUGCAUAUAAAUUUAUCAUCAAAGAACAAAGAAAUAAAAAAUGCAUGUAGUAGCUUACACAAUAUAGACACAAACAACAAUAAAUAUCGCUUAAAUUAAGUAUGGAAUGCGAUAUUGAAGAAACUGCUCGUGAUUUUUUUCCAUUUUUUAGGGUUUGUAAAGAUGGUCACAUUGAUAGGUACAUCCUUACAACCCAAGUCCCCGCGGGUGUUGACCCAUUUACCGGGGUUCAUACCAAAGACAUUGUAAUAUCAAAAGACCCGAAAAUAUCGGGCCGGAUGUUCCUCCCUAGGUUGGAUGAUACGGAUAGCGAAGAUGAUAGUCCAAAGAAUAGGAGUCUACCAAAGGAUAGGAGUGUACCAUUGCUUGUUCAUUACCAUGGUGGAGGCUUUUGUACCGGGUCAGCCUUUGGUCCAAUAAUUAAGCAAUUCUUGAGUAACUUAGUUUCUAUGACCCAAGUGGUUGUUAUUACUAUAGACUAUAGGUUGGCACCCGAGAACCCGUUACCCAUUGCAUAUGAAGAUAGUUGGGACGCAUUCAAAUGGAUUGCGUCCCAUGUAAAUAGGAACGGGCCUGAGCCUUGGUUAAAUGAUUAUGUGAAUUUUAAUCGAGUUAUUUUGGCCGGAGAAAGUACUGGCGCUAAUCUUGCCCAUGAUGUUGCAAUUAGAGGUAGUGUUGAACCCUUAGAGGGGUUAAAACUUGAAAGUCUAUUAGCCAUUCACCCGUAUUUCUGCACAAAACAACAACGUGAACCUGUAGUUAAUUAUAUAUAUCCGUCAAGGGAUGAGGAACCAAGGUUGAACCCUAAUACAGAUCCAAGAUUAUACAAGUUGGCGUGUGAUAAGGUACUAAUUUGUGUCGCGGAAAAGGAUAGGUACAAAGAAAGGGGAUUUGAUUACUAUGAUACCUUAGAAACAAGAUGGGAAGGCAAGGUUGAACUUGUGGAGACAUUGGGGGAAGGCCAUUGCUUUCAUUUGCUUGAUGCUGGCUCCCCAAAUAUUGACCCUUUGAUGGCUAAGCUUGUUUCUUUUAUAAAUGAGGAUUCUUAUUAGAUGAUUUAUUACUUCCUUAUUUAUAUUUGUAAAUAUAUAUUAUAUAUAUGUAUAUCAUACGUCUUAGAUUUCUUUUUGUUCUUUUAAGUUCUUCCUACAAUUUUGAGUUUUUUCUCGCAAAAAAAUUUCAAAGUGGAAGAACAAAAAAAGAUUGAGGAAUGGACACUAUACGUAUCUCAUCUAUACCUUUUUUGAAUUGAAUAUCCCAAUAAAAUGUCCAAUUUUUCUU